CUGGUCGAAACUUUCGAGCGGCGACCAGAGACGACGAUCCUGUCAGGGCGGGGAUAGAUGCGAGGGGAUGAGGAGCGAGGUGGGUGCAGCGUUGCGAAUCCUUCCUUUGGCGCUGGUCGUCUCAGGGGUGCGGCGGUACUGAAGAAUGGCACGAAUCGGCCGGAGAACAGGCUUGCGGACGAGGUUGGACGUCGGUCGGCUGUUUGCUGGGCAGGGAUGGAUGGUGGAAAGCAAGUGUGAAGGAGGUGAAAGGGUACGACCAAGAGGAAGUGGGAAAGUCGAGAGCGGGGCCCAACCAGAACGUGAAAGACUAGCCACUCCAACUUUCUCCAAUCAGAAUGGGUGCCGGUUGCCGGGGGGAUCAAUGAUCCUCAUCCUUUCCAUCUGCCUCGUUGUGCCUCUGUAGAUAUGCCGUCCAAGCGAACAUUUGGAAUCAGACGGCUGCGAUGACGGGGGAGACUGCCACUGCCCAUAGUGUGACCGCUGCAGUGCCA